AUGCUAAAGAGAUUAUUCAGCACCACUACCAAGGUAGCAAAGUCUUCUUUUGUUCCAUUGGUCAGCUCUACGGGGAUCCUCGAUGCCAUUGGCAACACUCCUUUGUUAAAACUCACCAAGCUUUCUGAGAAGCUGGGUAGAAAUAUCUAUGUCAAAGCAGAAUACAUGAAUCCAGGGGGUUCAGUCAAAGACAGAGCUGCUAAGUACGUAAUUGAGGAUGCUGAAAAGAAAGGGCUUCUAAAACAAGAAGGUAUGGUGGUCGAAGGAACAGCAGGAAAUACUGGGAUUGGUCUUGCCCACGUUUGUAGAGCCAAAGGUUAUAAAUGUGUCAUCUACAUGCCAAAUACCCAAUCACCAAGCAAAAUGGACUUAUUGAGAUUAUUGGGAGCCGAAGUACAUCCUGUUCCAGUGAAACCUUUCAAGGACCCGAUGAAUUAUAAUCAUCAAGCAAGAAGGCACGCGGAAAGCCAUCCUAAUGCAGUAUGGACCAACCAGUUUGACAAUCUUGCCAACCGUCAAGCGCAUAUUGAAACAACCGGUCCAGAAAUCCUCAAGCAAUUGGAUGGGAAAGUACAUGGUUUCACUUGCUCUACAGGUACCGGGGGAACUUUUGCUGGUACUUCAAGAUACUUGAAGUCUCAAUUGAAAAAUAAGAUUAAGAUAGUUGUCGCCGACCCUCCAGGAUCUUGUGUUUAUGCCUUUGUCAAAUCCAAUGGCAAGUCAUUGGACAACUCUGGGUCCUCAUUCACCGAAGGGAUUGGUCAAGCCAGAAUUACUGAGAAUUUGAAACCGGACAUAGAAAUUAUUGAUGACGCGGUUAAGAUCCCGGAUGCGGAAACCAUUACCAUGUUGUAUGAGUUAUUGGACGCAGAAGGUCUCUAUGUGGGAGGAACUUCAGCUUUGAAUGUUGUGGCAGCCACGAAAGUGGCUGAAAUGUUGCCGGAAGGUUCCAAUGUGGUGACCAUUGUUGCAGAUUCCGCCCACAAGUAUGCCGACAGAAUAUUCAGUGUCUCUUGGUUGAAAUCAAAAAAAUUGUUUGACUCAAUUCCUGAUAAUUUGAAAAAGUACGCUAUAUUGAAAUGA